GCCCAUCAUGGCCUGACUACUGUGGGAAUUUCACCUUCUCGAGUGGAAGCGAGCUCCCUUCAUCGUGGCCAGUUCCAUGGAAAAAAUCCGAUCGUUCGAAAUUGGCACCUUCCUAUUCAGAGAUACCAUGCAGUACCUAAAUUCGUCGCUGGGAGAGCUCGUGGAAACCGUCAAAUCCAUGGGGGGCGCAGAGGCAUUCCAAUGCCUGAAGCAGCUAUUUGGAGACGACUACGAAAUUUUGCUUCGUAAAGGUGUAUUCUCGUACAGCCACGUUAGCUCGUUCGCGGUCUACGACGAAUUGGCUCUGCCGGCAAAAUCCGCCUUCCGAAACGAUAUGACGGGGGAGGGUAUAAGCGACGAAGACUAUCAGUACGCGCUGCACGUAUUUGAACGUUUUGGAUGCUCGAAUCUGAGGGAUUAUAAUGCAUUGUACCUGAAAACGGAUGCCCUGUUACAUGCUGACGUAAUGCAGCACUUCAAGCGCCUGUGCUACGACGCGCGCAGAUUGGAAUUGCUUCAUUGUGUUUUGCUGGCAUCCUAUUCGUGGCAGUGCACUCUAAAUUACACGCGUGCAAAAUUGGAGCUGAUCAUCGACGAGGACAUGUACCGGACCAUCGAAUCGGGUGUUAGAGGCGGACUCUGUCAGGCGAGCAGGCGUCAUUUACGGGCUAACAACCCGCUGUGCAGUGGCUACGAUCCCGAUAAAGAGGAGGUGUACAUAUCGUACGUAGAUUGCAACAAUCUUUACGGAUUCAGUAUGAUAAAGCACCUCCCCGUCGGCGAUUUCGAAUGGGUCGAGGAUUUUAGCUCCGUGGAUUUUAUGCGUCAUCCCACAGAUUCGGACGUGGGAUACGAGUACGUGUGCGAUUUGCAGUAUCCAAAAUCUAUCCACGCCCUGACGCGGUACUUCCCCCUGGCUCCCGAGAAGGCUGUCGUUCCGAAGGAAUGGCUCUCACCAUUCCAGCGAGGGCUCCUCGAAGAGUUAAUGUAUCAGCCGGCGAACAGCAAAAAGCUGCUGCUCACGUGCAAGGACAAUGUCGAGUACGUCGUUCAUUACGCGCUGCUCGCGCUCUAUUGUAGACUGGGCAUGCGGGUGACAAAAAUUCACAGAAUUCUAAAAUUUCAUCAGGCACCAUUCCUGCGUCCCUACAUUGAGGACAAUGUUGCCAGACGCGUCGCAUCGACCACGACGUUCGAGAAAAAUUUCUAUAAAAUCCCAAAUAAUGCGGUCUUCGGGCGUACGUUGCUAAAUAAAUUUAAUAUGCGGGACAUUCGAGUAGCCUUCGAUGAGGAGACGGCGAGUCGCCUCGGGAGUCGCCUUGGGAGUCAGGUGGAAUGCACACGAAUGGAAAUUUUAUCCCCCGAUUGGGUCAUGUACGAAAUGCGCAAGAGAAAAGUGCGAUGCGAUUUCCCCCUGCAGAUUGGCUUCACGAUUUUAGAACUGAGUAAGUUAACCAUGUACUCGUUCUAUUAUGAAACCCUGUUGAGUAAGCUCACUUGUCCGGUGAUUACCUGCUACUUUGACACGGACUCUCUGAUCCUCGGCCUAUUCUGCAAGGACUACGAAGAUCAGUUACGUGCGAUCGCCGACGACCAUUUAGACUUGUCUUCCUUCGAUCGUGAUCAUCCACUGUACAGCGAGAGGAAUCGCGGUAGACUUGGCGCGUUCAAAAGUGAAACGUGUAGCGUACCCAUUGAGGAAGUAGUAUGCUUGAAAGCUAAAAUGUAUUCCAUCAAAUUAGCCGGGGCAAAACAGAUUGCAAGAGCUAAAGGGGUCAAAAAGAACAUUGUGCGCAAACACCUCCUCCAUGAUACGUACCGCGAUACCCUAUUCAAGCACGCUAGCGUAUCGCACGAACAGGUGUCAAUAGUGGGAAAGAAACAGUGCAUGUACACCAUCAGAAAUGUGAAAAGAAGUCUGAUGGCGUACGACGACAAACGAUAUCUCUACAAUGACGUAGACUCCUACCCGUACGGAAGCUGCGAAUAUGAUAAUGCAGUAGAUGAGUAGGAGUAGCAUCAUUUGACCUGCGUCACUUGAAGGAUGUGGCACCUCGUUCUCUUCUCGCUCGUCUCGUGCGCGCUGGCGCUGGACACUGGCGCUGGACACUGGCGCUGGACGCCGGCGCUGGACGCCGGCAACUGUACGGCGAGCAUCAAGCUCGAGAAGGAUCAGCACACGUACGCGCACGAAUGCCCCGGCGACAUCUUGGCCAUCAGAGAGUGGCACGAGGUGCAUAUGCGAUCCGGCAUUAACCUGGACAGGAACGCUACUGGAUCGUUGCGUACGUGCCUUCACUCGCUGGACGUGAGCGACAGCUACGAAGAUAUCCAGUGCACGCGGAAGUGCCAACUCACGGAGGACGAAAUUUUUCUCAGCCGCUGUCCCGGAGACGUCUACAUGAUCCGUCACUUCCGUGGAACCACGCCCAGCAUCAAAGGAAUCAACCUCUCCAAGACUGC